GCCGGCUCACAGGCCAUGGCGGCGGAGGAGCCGGGGGAGCCGGGCUCGGCCGGGUCGCUGCGGCGCUGCCUGGCGCGGCUGGGCGCGCUGCGAGCCCGGCCCGACGACGGCGGCCGCCGCACCGAGCUGCACCUGCUCUUCGACCAGCUCAUCUCGGAGAGCUGCGGGCCCGAGCCCGCGGCCGCGCCCGGCCCGCAGGAUGUUUGUGCUGUUCUUGUCCAAGCCUGUCAGUUGGUUCCCCUUGAUCAGGAACAUCUUGUCAGCAAAGUCUGUCAGCUUAUCCAUCACUUACUCAACAGAUACCAGGUGAUGGUUGACGAGCAGAACUUGAAUUUCCUUCUCUCCUACUGCAUCUCUGCUCUGAGGCAGUGCAGCUCCUGGACACAUGUUGAAAUUCUGCAAGCCUUAGCAGCUCUUGUUUACAAUAAUGGGCCUAAGUGUCAGAAGUACCUCCCGGAUCUGCUGGGCACAGCUGGGCUCCUGCUGCAGUUCAGUGACCCUGCCCAGCCUGACGUGGAGCUCAGGAGGGCAGCCGUGCGCAGCAUGGCAAACCUGUGUCUCAGUGUUCCUGGGCAGCCAUACCUGGAUGAGUCCUACAGAAGUGUCUGUUUUCAAACUUUCCUAAGUGUUCUGCAGUCUUCAAAAACCACUGAUGUGGAUGACAUCACUUUUUGCAUGUUACUGCAAAGUGCACUGAAAGGUGUCCAGUCACUUCUCAAUGGUGGGAAGAUGAAACUGAUGCAGAUUGACCAAAUUGGAGCUCUUCUGGCAGUGUUAAAGAAAUGCAUGUUCCAUGGGCUGCCAGGACUGAGCAUAGAGGUGCCCACAGCCCUGUACCCUGCUCCUUUACCUCAGUAUGAUAAAAGGUCCCCUGUCAAGCAGGAGCAGUCAGAACCAGCCACCUCUAAGCAGACAGGGAGCCGAAGAAAAAAGUGCAAAGGGAAGCAAAAGAAGGGAGAGUUUGGGGAAGAAGGAAGAGAAGAUUCAAGGGAUGCAGGAGAUGAGACGGUGCUGGGAGCAGACAUGCAGAAGUUGCAGCUGGGGGAUGUGCAGAGCAGCCCUUGCCCUGAGCCUCGGCCUCGUGUGUCAGACGUGUGUGCUGGGAGGGACCCCCCGAGCUGCCAGCCCUGCAAACGCUUCAGCAGCAGCGAGUCAGAGUACUCUGACACUGAAGGUGGAAUACAGGGCAAAGUGAGGUCUUUCCAAGCCAAUGUUCGCCAAGGGGCUCUGGCCUGUUUCCUCUCCACUAUAAAGUCAAUAGAAAAGAGAGUUCUGUAUGGCUACUGGUCAGCAUUUGUUCCUGAUGCCCCUGGUAUUGGCAGCCCCCAGUCUGUGUCCCUGAUGACUAUUGCUCUAAAGGACCCUUCUCCAAAGACACGUGCCUGUGCUCUUCAAGCCCUCUCAGCCUUCCUGGAAGGUUCUAAGCAGUUCCUGUCUGUGGCUGAAGAUGCCAAUGACCACAAGAGAGCUUUUACUCCCUUCUCUGUCACCAUUGCUUCCAGCAUCCGGGAGCUGCACCGCUGCCUGCUGCUGGCCCUGGUGGCAGAGUCCUCCUCUCAGACACUGACACAGAUAGUCAAGUGCCUUGCAAUCUUGGUUUCCAAUGCACCCUACAGCAGAUUGAAACCCGGGCUGCUUACCAGGGUGUGGAACCAGAUCAAGCCCUACAUCUCUCACAAAGACGUCAACGUUCGAGUUUCCAGCCUCACCCUGCUGGGGGCAAUCGUUUCUGUGCAGGCACCUUUGCCAGAGGUGCAGCUGCUCCUGCAGCAGCCCAGCUCCUCAGGGCUCAGCGGCAGCGCGACCCCGGCGCGGGAGCAGUGGAGGAAGGCAGUGCCCUGGGCAGGGGAGAGCCCGCAGGGCAGCCCUGCAGGGUGUGAGCAGGGGAGGAAGGCAGUGCCCUGGGCAGGGGAGAGCCCCCAGGGCAGCCCUGCAGGCUGUGCCCCCCCUGAGCCCUGCUGGCUGCUGCGCCUGUGCGUGUCCCUGAUCGUCCUGCCCCGCGAGGAUUCCUGCUCCGACAGCGACGCCGCCUUCCCGGCCCUGGGCAGCGUCUACGAGCCGUGCCCCCUGCGCCUGGAGGCCCUGCAGGUGUUGGCUCUUCUUGUGAAAGGUUAUUUCCCUAUGGCUCAGAGCUAUUUCCUGGGACUUGGAGAAGUGGCUUGCAGAUGCAUGGAAGAAAUGGAUCCAUCCAUUCAGCUUCAUGGAGCCAAACUUCUGGAGGAGCUGGGCAUGGGUGUCCUGCAGCAGCACAAACCUGACUCCCCCACUGCCCCCGAGCAGAGGGUGCCUGUCAGCCUGGUUGUGACCUUCUGGACAAUGAUGUUAAAUGGGCCCUUACCUGGCACCCUGCAGAGCUCCCCCCAUGCCACUCUCCAGACAAGUGCCUGUGAUGCCCUGUCCUCUAUCUUACCAGAGGCUUUCAGCCUCCUGCAGAUCCUGUGUGUCACCUUGCUGCUCCUCUUGCAGGGUGACCAGCAGAUCCUGUGUGUCACCUUGCUGCUUGGCCUGAACCACAGUGAGAACCCCCUGGUGAAAGCUGCUGCUGCCCGUGCCCUGGGAGUGUACAUCCUCUUCCCGUGCCUCAGGCAGGAUGUGAUGUUUGUGGCAGACACAGCAAAUGCCAUUCUGAACUCCCUCCAUGACAAAUCUCCCAACGUCCGUGCCAAGGCAGCCUGGUCCCUGGGCAACCUGACAGACACCCUGAUCAUCAACAUGGAAACCAUGGGACAAAGCUUCCAGGAGGAGCUUUCUGAUCUCCUGCUGCUGAAAUUGCUGCGGUCUGCCACGGAAGCAUCCAAGGACAGAGACAAGGUGAAGAGCAACGCUGUCCGUGCCCUUGGGAAUGUGCUGCAUUUCCUGCAGCCCUGCCACGUGGCCAACCCCAGGUUCAGGGAGGCCAUCGAGGAGUCCCUGCAGGCCCUGAUUGCCACGGUGGGCAGCGAGGCCACCAUGAAGGUGCGCUGGAACGCCUGCUACGCGCUGGGCAACGUCUUCAAGAACCCUGCUCUGCCUCUGGGAGAGGCUCCUUGGGCCACGCAGGCUUUCAGUGCCCUUUCCUCUGUUGUCAAGUCCUGCAAGAACUUCAAAGUGCGGAUCAAGUCAGCCAUGGCCCUGUCCAUCCCCAGCAGGAGGGAGUGCUACGGCUCCACGGAGCAGUUCUGCCAGAUCUGGAGUGCCUUGGUGGUGGCCCUGCAGAGGAGCGAGGACACCGAGGACUUCCUGGAGUUCAAGUACAGCUCCAGCCUCAGGAGCCAGCUGUGCCAGGCUCUGCUGCACCUGCUGCAGCUGGCCAGGAGCACAGACCUGCCCCUGAUCGGGGGCAGCCUCCGGGAGCACGGCCAGGCCAUCAGGCCCUACGUGCUGCAGUACCUGAGCUCCCCGGGCCAGAGCGAAGCAGGAGCGCACACGGAGCUGGCCCAGAGGGAGAGGGGACUGCAGGGAGCCAUCGAGCAUCUCAGUGCCAUCGAGAGAGAGCUGCAGGGCAAGGCCAGGGUGAGGGUGUCCCUGUACCUGGAGGAUGUGCUGACACACCACACCAAUGCCACGGAGCUGGCAGAAGCUUGAGGGAAAUGCCCAUUCCAGUGACCAAAUCUUCCACAGGGAGUGCAGAGCUGUGUUCCCUUGCACAGGACAUCCAGAGGAAAAGUUUCCUGCUGCUGAUACUAAGUAUUUUGUUUCAGACUUUAUUAAUAAUGCCUCUAGGACUUCUUUUUUAUAUUAUUACUGUUUUUUAUUGUGGUGUUUGGGGAACUCUGCCCUCCCUGGGGCUGGUUUGUGCACUUUGCUGUCACAGCGUCUCCACUUGGAAAACAAACGCCUUUUCCUCCUCUGUGUGUUUUAUAAAGCUGCCUGUUCCCUCAGCUUAUCUCAAAGCAUUUUGUUCCUAUUGCUGCAGGAUGCAGAAUCGUGUUUGUAAAGCAGGGGACUGGAAGAAUUUUGUUUUUCAGAGCACUGCAAAUGUUGUCACUCUUGUGUUCCUGCAAUAAACCCAAAUAUGCCAAUAUUUGAAGAAUA